AUGGCGGCUGUUCCUUUCUGUGUUUUUUUCUGCAAUGUUGGAGGGGGCACUGACAGUCUCAGGCCCGGCGAAUCUGUUACUCGAAACCGGACCUUAGUCUCCGCCGACGGGAACUUCUCGUUAGGAUUCUUCCACCCCGGGAACUCUUCUUCUUCCUUUCUCGGGAUAUGGUACAAUUCCAUCAACAAAACUGUGAUUUGGGUCGCUAACAGAGAAUCUCCGCUUCGUCAAGAUUCUGAAGCCGUUUUCACACUCGGGUAUGACGGGAAUCUGCAGCUUUUGGACGGCGGCGGAAGAAAUAUUAUAUGGUCAACCAAUAUCUCAGGCGGCGGCGGCGGAUCCACGGCCGCCCAACUGCAAGAUAGGGGAGAUCUUGUUGUGAAGCAGGGUGAGAGCACAGUUUGGGAAAGCUUCGAUGGCGACAGUGACACGUUAAUGCCGGAGAUGAGGCUAAAGGUAAACAAGAAAACCGGAAAACGGAACGUGAUAAGAUGUUGGAGUAGCAGUGAUGAUCCCAGGCCAGGGAAAUUCUCUUGUGGAAUCGAUCCUAAAGGGCCUCCACAGAUGUUCAUUUGGAAAGAAAACAUUCCUUAUCAAAGGACCAACUUGUAUCAGGAAGGGUUUACUUACAAUGUUUACUUUCCCUCAGGGGGAAAUGCAUAUUUUUCUUUUUAUUCUUAUGCUAAAGAAAAUGAUGAACUGUAUUACAGCUAUGGAUAUGCUAACACCUUAAUUCCAGUAAGAUCCGUCUUGACUCCAGAAGGUCUUAUUCAGUUUCUGUUGAGGCAAAAAACAAGUGAUGAAUGGUCGAAAUGCAGGGGUGCUUAUUUCUUUACUUCAUUCUAUGAUGUUAAUGCAGAUGGAAAUGAUAAUUCACCUCACAAAAACAAAUGUCGUCUUGUUGCAAUUAUAGUAGCCUCAGUCUCUGCUUUCUUUCUUAUUUCUGUUUUGGUGUAUAUCCUCACCUGGAAAUACUGUGGAAGGAAAGGUUGGGUUUCUAAAAGGGCUACAGUGUCAACUGCUCCCCUUCUUGGAAAAGAUCAUAUAGAGUUGUUACAGCUCAGUUUGCGAAGAAUAAUUGAUGCUACAAACAACUUCCAUGAAGCAAACAAACUUGGAGAGGGUGGUUUUGGUCUUGUUUAUAAGGGAUUUUUCCCAAAAUUUGGGAUGGUAGCUAUCAAGAGAUUAUCCAAGCAAUCAUCUCAAGGUCUGAAUGAGUUCAUGAAUGAGCUGAAGCUAAUUGCAAAACUACAACAUACAAAUCUUGUGCGCCUAUUGGGUUGCUGCAUUGAGGAUGAAGAAAAAAUAUUAAUCUAUGAGUACCUGUCAAAGAGAAGUCUAGACAAAUUCUUAUUUGAUGCAAUUCAGAAAGAUAAUUUAGAUUGGAAUACACGUAUUGAAAUAAUAGAAGGAGUUGCGCAAGGAAUUCUUUAUCUUCACAAGUACUCUAGACUGAAAGUCAUUUAUCGGGACUUAAAAGCAAGUAAUAUUUUACUUGACGAAGCAAUGAAACCCAAAAUAUCAGAUUUUGGAAUGGCAAGAAUUUUUGGGGUUGACCAAACUCAAGCAAAAACAAAUCAUGUGGUUGGAACAUAUGGUUACAUUCCGCCAGAAUAUGUAUUGCAUGGUCAAUUUUCGGAGAAAUCCGAUAUAUUCAGUUUUGGAGUGCUGCUAUUGGAAAUUGUUAGUGGUCAGAAAAAUUCUAAUUUUUUUCGGACUCAACUUUCUCUCACUCUCCUAGGAUGGGCAUGGAAAAACUGGAAAGAUGGACAACCACUUGAAUUUGUUGAUCUAGCGAUAAAGGAAUCAUGUGACUCUCUCAAGGUCAUAAGGUGCAUCGAGGUGGGACUUCUAUGCGUCCAAGCAAUUCCAACGGAUAGACCGAUAAUGUCUGAUGUAGUUCAAAUGUUGAGCAAUGACCAUGCAGCACCAAUUCCACAACUCAAAGAACCUGCAUUUGUUUCUAGCCAAUCCAAUCCCAUUGUUUGUAUUUCUCAUCCUAAUUCCAAAAAUGAGAUUACAAUAAGUAGUAUUCUCGAUCCUCGAUAAAGGAUCUAUGAUUUUGUGUAAAUAUUUUAUGCCAUUGUCAGCUCUUAUACAACUCUUUCGCCU